CUUCCUUCUAUCCUUUUUUUAUGAGAUAAUUUGGAAAUUCGCGGUUGUCAAGCUGACAAUUCUGACAUUCCUACAAAGUAAGGUUAAGUUAUUGUUUAUAUUUUUUUAAAUACUUUUUUAUUUAUUUUACUUUCUCCGCGCUUCUUAAUUUGCCAAAGAAACGUUAUAAAUAUUUUAAAUCACAUAUUUUUUAUCGAAAAAAUUGGUGGAGCGGGUAUGGUAGUGGUUUCUUGAGUGCCUUGUUGGCUACUUUCUCCUCCGGGAGAUAAAACGUGUCCAUUAGUACCGUUAUUACGUUAUUCAACUCGAAUACAUCAUGCCCACAACAUGAAUUAUCGUGAAAAUGGUCCAAAAAGAGAAAAAUUUGCAAAAAAGUUUCUGGUGGUUAAUCUUCGGCACUAUUUGUGUUUUAACUAUGACGACGAGGUUUUAUAAAAUAGCAGAGCCGGACCAUGUCUGCUGGGAUGAGACUCAUUUUGGCAAAAUGGGUAGCUGGUAUAUUAACAGAACUUUCUUUUUUGAUGUACAUCCACCGCUUGGCAAGAUGCUAAUAGGGCUCUCUGGGUACUUAACUGGUUAUGAUGGUACUUUUGCAUUUGACAAGCCAGGUGAUAAAUACGAAAAUACCAGUUACGUUGGAAUGCGAGUGUUUUGUACAGCUCUGGGGGCCACUUUGGUGCCAAUGUCGUUUCUGGCAGUUGAUGAGAUGACCCAGUCCAUCACAGCAGCCACUUUUGCGUCCCUUUUGAUACUUUUUGAUGUGGGAAUUCUCACUCUAACUCAAUACAUACUUUUGGACCCUAUUUUAUUAUGUUUUAUCAUGGGUUCAGUUUUGGGGGCUGUGAAAGUGUCAUCACCCCGAAUCAAGGAAUUUACAGCAACUUGGUGGUUUUGGUUGGUUUUUACGGGCACUAUGUUGGCCUGUUGCAUUUCUGUAAAAUUUGUGGGGCUCUUUGUGGUACUACUAGUGGGGCUCAUGACCAUUGCUGACUUAUGGAGUAUUCUAGGAGAUAUGUCGCGGCCUGUGAUGGACACAGUUAAGCAUUUAGUAUCAAGAGGAAUUUGCCUGAUUGUUUGGCCAAUUCUCCUUUACAUAACUUUCUUCUACAUACAUUUGUCAGUAUUAAACAGAAGCGGAAACGGCGAUGGCUUCUACAGUUCAGCGUUUCAAUCCCAGUUAAUAGGGAAUAGUCUUCACAAUGCCAGUAUGCCGCGCCAAGUGGCUUACGGGGCUAUAAUCACUCUAAAAAACCACCGAACGGGUGGGGGUUACCUACACUCCCAUUACCACCUGUAUCCGGAAAAUGUUGGAGCCCGACAGCAACAGAUCACCACUUACACCCACAAAGACGAUAACAACAAGUGGUUGGUCAAAAAAUACAACACUGAAGACACUUCCGGCGUUACAAUCGUUCGCAGCGGCGACUUAGUCCGUCUAGAACACGUCCCAACUCGACGCAACCUCCAUUCCCACAAAGAGCAAGCCCCCAUCACUAAAAAACACUACCAAGUGACCGGUUAUGGCGAAAACGGGACCGGGGACGCGAACGACGUCUGGAAAAUCACCGUUAUCGGAGCCAAAGACGGCAGUGAAGUCACUGCAGUCAGCAGCAAAUUGAAAUUCGUCCAUUAUUUACAAUCCUGUAUUCUCACAACUAGCGGAAAACAGCUCCCGAAAUGGGCGUACGAGCAACAGGAGGUUUCAUGCAACCCCAAUCUCAGAGACCCCCACGGAGUGUGGAACGUCGAGGAGAAUAUUUUCGAAAAAUUGCCAAAUGUGAGUUUCGAGGUGUAUGCGCCCAGUUUUCUGGAGCGGUUUUUCGAGUCCCACGCUGUGAUGUUCCAAGGAAACGCUGGGUUGAAACCGAAGGAAGGGGAGAUCACGUCGAGGCCGUGGCAGUGGCCUAUUAAUUACAGAGGCCAAUUCUUUUCCGGUUCAAGCUACAGAGUGUAUUUAUUAGGAAAUCCGGUCAUUUGGUGGGCCAAUAUCAUUUUCCUACUAGUUUUCGUGUUUGUUUUUGGGGCCAAUGCCAUUCGGCAACAACGGGGCUACAUUAAGUCGUUUUCCGAGUCCCACAAAGAGAAAUUGGUGGCGUGUGCGUGGCUGUUUUUGGGGUGGCUUUUGCAUUAUGUGCCGUUUUGGGCAAUGGGCCGCGUUUUGUAUUUCCACCAUUAUUUCCCGGCUUUGCUUUUUAGUUCGAUGAUUACAGGAAUCAUCAUUGAUUAUUUAUUGGAGGAGAUACCGAAAUUUUUCACAGAAAAGACAGGCAACGUUGUGUAUCAUACAUUGGUGGCGUUAGUUUUGUCCACAGUGGUUUAUAGCUUUUAUUUAUUCGCGCCGUUAACAUACGGAAUGAGCGGUCCUAAUGCCAACGAGCCCAAUUCUACAAUGUAUGGGCUGAAAUGGUUGGACACGUGGGAAUUUUAACGAUUUUGUACUCAAUUUUGUAUUCUUUUCAAUAUUAAAAAUUGUUCAUUAA